AUGCCGGAGAUCGCCAUUCCUGAGCCGCCCGAUCCAACAUCAAAACCAGCAGCAUACCUCCGAAGCAUCCAUGCUGUUCGAGAAAGGACGAGGCUGGUGCUCGAGGAGGCCAAGGUCAAUGCACUCAAUCACUUUGAUGUAGACAUAUCCAAGUUCAAGGACACUGCCGACUACGUGGUUGCCAUCAUCAAGCGUGAUUUCCAGGGUGAUUAUGCCUCUAUCCCACCUCAUGGUCGCUGGCAACAUUUUGAAGUCGGUGGGAGACCCAGGGUAACCCAGUUGUUGCAAUCGUGGCCAACCUCAAUUGACAACCAAGAGAGGGCCCGUCGAUUGAUUGACUUGUUCUUGGUGUCUGUACUCCUCGAUGCCGGUGCCGGCACCAAGUGGUCCUACAAGUCCAAGGAGUCUGGCAAGGUCUACUCCAGGAGUGAAGGUCUGGCUGUAGCAAGCCUCGAAAUGUUCAAAGCCGGAACGUUCUCCAGCGAUCCUAGUCAACCUCACCAAGUGGAUGCCGCUGGACUGAAUAAAAUGAAUGUGGAGAUUCUGGCAAAAGGGAUGCAGGUCUCAGACACCAACCCUAUGUCUGGACUUGAGGGGCGGACUGGGUUACUGACUCGGCUUGCGGCUGCUCUGCAGAAUGCUGAGAUAUUUGGCGUUGAGGGCCGACCAGGGAACAUGAUUGACUAUUUGUUAUCACAUCCUACGACUCAAGCAGCUUCGGUUCCUGUUAUUCUCUUACCUACGCUAUGGAGUGUUCUUAUGGACGGUUUAUCCAGUAUUUGGCCAGCGACUCGAACCACUAUUCAAGGGGUCUCUCUCGGUGACGCUUGGCCUUGCCGUGCUAUGCCCAGAUCCCCCCCAGCACAACCUUGGGAGACCAUUGUUCCCUUCCACAAGCUUACCCAGUGGCUUUGCUAUUCCUUGAUGGUUCCAAUGACCAAGCUGCUCAAUGUUCACUUCGCCGGGGCAGAAUUGAUGACUGGACUUCCUGAGUAUCGCAACGGAGGCUUACUGGUUGACACAGGCCUGCUCACGCUCAAGGAAGAGGACAGGCAGCGUGGGUUGAAGAUCUACCAUGAGAUGGUCGGAGAUGGCAAUGCGAUCGAAGUGGUUCCGACUUUCCCACCCAGCGAUGACGUGAUUGUGGAAUGGCGCGCUGUCACUGUGGGCUUCUUGGACGAAUUGCUUGUUUCAGUCAAUGCGGGCCUUGGUCUGCAGGGCGCGCAACAGUUGACUUUGGCCCAAAUGCUUGAGGCAGGAACUUGGAAGGGAGGACGUGAAAUUGCUCAGGUGUCGCGCCCCAUCACUGGAGGCCCUCCCAUUGGCAUCAUUUCAGACGGCACCGUCUUUUGA